UCCUGUGACUGUGAUCCUCGGGGUCCGCCAUGGAGCCGGAGCAGAUGCUGGAGGGGCAGAAGCAGGUUGCAGAGAAUCCUCACACCGAGUAUGGUCUCACAGACAACGUGGAGAGGUUAGUAGAGAAUGAGAAGGUUAAUGCAGAGAAGUCAUCAAAACAGAAGGUGGACCUCCAAUCCUUGCCAACUCGUGCCUACCUGGCUCAGACAGUGGCGCCUAUCUUGCUUCAGGGACUCGCUGUGCUUGCAAAGGAAAGACCACCAAAUCCCAUAGAAUUUCUAGCAUCUUGUCUUCUGAAAAACGAAGCACAGUUUGAAGACCGAAACUGACUUACUGGGAAGAAAAGAAAAAAAUUGGUUGCUACUGUAGAUUUACAUGAUUAAGAGGCAGCUUUAAUUGCCAUGCUUUUUUUCCCCAUUUGGAAGAACCUUCAGUACAACCGAACUUAUUUUAAGAUUGGCAGAUGAGAACCUAUUUCCUUUAUUUUGAUUUAAUCACCAUACUUAUUUAAUGAGCAUAUUCUGUGCAAUUUUUCUUAGAUCAUCUAUAACUUUGUUUUUAAAUGGCCUUCAAAAUAAACUGUCAAAUGCCAUUAAGGUA